CCGCCCCCUCAGGAGUGGCGGCGGCAAGCCCCGCCCCCGCUCUCGCGAGAACCACCAGGCGAAAAAUGGCGCCGUCGUGAUCGCCGUCCUGCGGCCGCCGUGAAAUCUCGCUGCAUCCUCGGCCGGAGCCGCUGAAACCGCGAGAACAAGCAACCCAACGGGCUGAGGAUGGAAGAAAAGGAAGCGUCAGGGCCACUGGACAAGCCGACCACUGCAGAACCCAGCUCCAAUGAGACCCACCAAGAAGCGGGGUCCCCGGUGGUCGCCCCGGCUGCAGCCACUUCUUCCAGCAUGGGGGAAGAGCCAGGCUCGAACCAGGCAGAGACACCUCCAGCGUGGGAGCGUGGUGGGGCUGGAGGCACACAGCAGGGCACCUCGCCAGGCCCUGACCACAGUGGCCAACCUGAUCCUGGCUUGGGCCUGACCAGCUCAGUCUCUGGAACCAGCGAGGACCUGCAGCCCCCUGCCAGAUGUCGCCUGCCACCAGGGAAGCAGAUACCCUGCUCCAGCCCCGGUUGCUGCCUCAGUUUCCCCAGCAUUCGAGACCUGGCACAGCACCUGCGUACCCAUUGCCCACCCACACAGUCUCUGGAAGGCAAGCUGUUCCGCUGUUCGGCCCUGAGCUGCACGGAGACCUUCCCCAGUAUGCAGGAACUGGUGGCACAUGGCAAGCUGCACUAUAAACCCAACCGCUACUUCAAGUGCGAGAACUGCCUCCUGCGCUUCCGCACGCACCGCUCGCUCUUCAAGCACCUGCAUGUGUGUGCGGAGCACGCACAGAGCCCGGCCCUGCCCCCCCCUGCCCUGGACAAGGAGCCCCCUGCGCCCGAACGACGCCCGGAGGCCGACCCCGCCGCGGGGCCCGGCCUGCCCUUCCCGCUGCUCGAGCCCUACACGACCCCCGCGCCCGCGCCCGCCGGGCCCUUCCUGCCCUACCUGAACCCCGCGCCCUUCGGCCUGAGCCCCCCGCGCCUGCGCCCCUUCCUGGCCGCCGCGCCCGGACCGCCCGCCUCUAGCGCCGCGGUGUGGAAGAAGAGCCAAGGUGCAAGCGGCAGCCCGCGGAGACCCCAGGGUGGCUCGGACGCGCCCCCAGGGCCUGCGGCUCCCAGCCGCAUAGUGUGGGAGCACACGCGGGGCCGCUACUCCUGCAUGCAGUGCGCCUUCUCCACGGCCUCGCGGCCCGCCAUGACCCGGCACCUGGAGGACCACCGGCCCGUCGGCUCCGGGGCCCCCGCGCCCGGGCAGCCGCGCCCCGAAGAACCAGCAGCUGGCCCCGCCCCGCUGACCCCACCGCCGCCGCCGCCGCUGUUGACAGCAGAUGGGGAAUGUCCCGCGUUCUCGCCGCUCUGAGCCCAGCGCAUGGUUUUGGUUCGGAGAGAUGGACGGAUUGUGUCGUUUAAGGGCUUAAGGGGGGGCUCGGACGUGAAGGGAUCGGGGAACAAUAAAGGAAGCGCGCUGGG